AGCGGAGAGAAACCGUUGCCUUUCAAGAUGGCGAAGGACCUGGACGAGCUCUUGGAUGAGGUUGAGUCCAAGUUUUGCAGACCAGACCCGCUGAGACUGGGCGUGGCGGAGCGCCCCAAAGGCUGCGGCGGCGGCAUCCUCGGCAGCGACCGGAGCCGAGCCGAGGCGAACGAAAAGCUCAGAUCAACAGGAAGAUUUAAAAAAGAAGAUGAUCUUGACAGUCUUAUUAAUGAAAUAUUUGAAGAUCCCAUCUUUGAUAAAAAAUCCUUUAAAUUAAAACCUAAAUCUUCAGGUAACACAUCUGUCAGUGCUCCCAUUCAAGGCCGCGGUAAAAGCUGCAACCCCGUGUACCUCGGUGGAAGCGCUGCGCCGUGUGGAAUUGGGACAACGACUUCACAGAGAUCCUGUGACCAUCUGCGUUGUACAGCGUGUGAUUUCUGGGUUGUAAGCUAUGAUGACUAUAUGUGGGACAAAUCGUGCGAUUAUCUGUUUUUCAGGAACAACAUGCCAGAAUUCCACAAAUUAAAAACAAAGUUGGUAAAGAAGAAAGGAGCACGGGCCUAUGCCUGCCAGUGUAGCUGGAGAACUGUUGUCGAACUGACUGACCUGCAGACGGACCAUCAGCUGCGUUGGGUUUGUGGUAAACACUAAGAAUGCAGACUUUUGCCCUGGCUGGGUGGCUCAGUUGAUUGGAGCAUCAUCCCAUAACCCAAAAGGUUGCAAAUUUGAUUCCCAGGCAGGGCACUUAGGUUGUGGGUUGGGUUCGAUCCCCGUCCGGAUGCGUACAGGAGGCAUCCAAUCAGUCUUUCUCCUCUCAAUUGAUGUCUCCUUUCUCUCUCUCUCCCUGCCCACCUUCCUCUCUCUCUAAAAACCAAUUUAAAAAAGAUAUCCUCGGGUGAGGAUUAAAUAAACAAAUAAUAUAGCCUUUUCACAUUCAGACAAAUAUAUCCAUGAGAGCAGUCUCUAUUAAUCAUCAUAAUAUUUAAGUAAAGGUACAUAGCAGUAGCAUGCCCUUUGGGAAAAGACAAUAAAUUUCAUUUAAUGACUACAAAUUUUCAAAGACAAAUAGACUUCAGAAGAUAAUGUGCUUUAUUUAACGUUUUGGAAUUACUCCUUUAUGAUAUACUGGACAUUUCAUUUUGUAAGCAAAGUAAUAAGUUAUUCAAAUUCUUUGCCAGCCUCUCUUCUACUUAACGCAAGUUUAAUUAAGCAGUUUUAUACCAACCUAUAGCCAUUUAUUAGCAACUGCAGCAUUACUGACGCUAAUACACUUAGCGUAAAUAUUCCUCAUUCACCGCAUUGAAAUGGGGUAAAGCCGGCCAGUGCGGAGAGUCACUGAGGAGUAUAGGCGUCCCCUCGUCCAGUCAGAGCUGUUGCUGCAAAGGAUCAGAGUUGAUGUGGCAGAAACCUUGUCAGCACUGACUAAUUGGAGGGUUUCCAGGAGUGUAGGUAUAUUGUAAAUGAAUACACUACCUACAGCUGAUCUGACCUCACCAACUCAAAGUGAUAUUAUGAACAGUAAUGAUAAGCAUGCUUUUUAGGUUUUAGCUUCUUUCUCCUCCUUUUGUUUGUAUAUAUAUUAAAAGUUACUUGGCUCUUUAUUUUCACAAAUACCCAUUUAUAUGUUUUUUAAAAGUUUGAUGCACCUAAAAUCCCAAGGAAAGAUCCAAAUAUGGACAGGUCAUUUUUGGUUUUUUCAUUACUUUCUAGCUUUUCAUUCCUAAAACUAUAAUUAAGUAAAACGCACAGCAAGUAAGAUAUUUUCUCAGGCAGCCUGUUGAUUUUUCUGGCGGGAUCAGAGUGACAUACUAUUUAUUAGAUGAGUAUGAAAAGGGAGAUAGAGCAUAGCCUAUUGACAUUAGUGAGACUUGGAGAACCGACAAUAGCAGCACAUCUAGGAAAUCAGUUACCUCAAAAUUACCAGCUCCCAGCCAAGAGUUGUCUAAUCUGCCAAAACCUCUUUACUGCAUGUGUCUAAUAUAUAGUUCAAUUGUUGACACAAGGCAUGCUGAACAAGAGUAAUUGAAGCAAAGUUAGGAUCUUCUUAGUCUUGUGCUUAAUCCAGCCACCCUACUUCAGCAAAGAAGAAAAGCCUUCUCCUAGCCAUGACACAUUUGCACAUGUGUAAAACUCAGUAAGUCUAGUAUUGCAACCAAUCAAAUCUCCUGUUUGCAGAAACUCACAUUUUUGUAUUAUGAAUAUGUUUAUAAAUCUUAUCUUUCAAUAAAAAUGUUUUACUCUCUAAAA